GUUCACUACCGCCAAAGGAACGUUGCUUAUAAUAUCGCCCUAUUUUACGUCGAAAAAAGGCGCAAAAGCAAGUGAAAAAGCAAACACCAAAUGGUAUACAUACAAGUAAUAAUUUCCCAUUCAAGGAGAUUAUUAUUCUAAAUUUGAAGCGACGAAUUCUACGAAAAUAAGUCGAGAAAUCUUCUGUGUCUGAUGCAUAGCCAAGAAUCCGUAAGACAUAGACAAACGACUAACAUCUUCUACUAUUGCAAAAUCUUCAUCAAAUCGCUCUACGAAACUCCUCAAGCUGCCAUCCAAAGGUUUUGAUAUUUGAGAAGAUUUGCCAUGAUUCGUGAACUACUGAUAUCAAGUCUGGUCGUAUCCAUACAUGCAUAUACAUAUUACAACUGUUCCAGCUGUCACUCAUUCCCAACAAAGUCAGUUGGACUUUCACUCUCAGACGUUAGAAAUAUUCUUGUGGACGAAAAAAAUGMAAAAAUAUAUGUUGCUUCAAAGAAUUUGCUAUUGAGGUUAAAUCCAUCCUUAUCAUCUGACAAAUCAAGUUUUGAGUAUUUAGAUCUUCCACCAUCAGAUAACCAAGUCAAGAAUUGCAUAAGCUCUGGGAAUAAAAAGAGCCACUGUGCAAAUUAUUUAAGGCUUUUGAUKUUUGAUAAUGAUAACAAAGUGUUUACAUGUGGAACUUACGCCACUAAGCCUAGAUGCUGGAGAAUACAAAGGACUGGCAAACUGGCAAAGCUGUCAGUAUUACAAGACAGCAAUACAAUAAGCCCUAAGUUUCCUGAUCAAAAUGUAUCUGGUGUAAUCACAAACCAUCCUGUCAAGAAUGGGUAUCUGUUUACUGGUCUUAAUAUUGAYCCUGGAACGAGGUCAAGUGCUAUAUUCAGAGAAGCUGUUAAUAACUCAAUAGACAAGAGCUUUCUUAAAACAUUCAGCUCUGAACUUUUACUAAAAGAUGCUAAUUUCGUUUCCUCAUAUGUGGGACCUGAUAAUUUUGUAUAUUUCUUCUUGAGAGAGAAAGCCAUAGAAUCUCAAAAUAUGGAAGUGUAUUCAAGAGUUGGAAGAGUUUGUUCUUAUGAUAAAGGAGGAAAGGGAUUAAACAAGAAGGACUUUACAUCAUUUACCAAGUCAAGGUUAUUCUGUGCUGUGCCAGGGAAAGAACAAUUUGCCUACAAUCACUUACAAUCCACUUUCAAGUACAUGGAAUCUUCAAUUUACGGGAUAUUUACAACUCCAGAGAGUGGACUUGCUGGUUCUGCUGUAUGUGUCUUUUCAAUCCAAGCCAUCCAAUCAGUGUUCAGCUCAAGUGAUUAUCUAGAGGAGGUACAAAUGGAUGACCCUGCUUCGGUUAAAUCUAGAGUCUGGAAAAGAGUCCCUCCACCAAAGGGAAAAAUCCCUGGACGACCUCAAUGUAAUGCAAGUUUGGACACUAAAGCAUAUGGAUUCGACACCAUCACAUUUGCUAAAAGUCAUCCACUACUGUCUGAGUCAGUCCAGCCUACGACUGGAAAACCAUUGAUUGUUAUGCCAAACAUAAGGUAUUGUGCUAMUACGGUAGCAAGGCCCAUACGAUCUUUAAGACUAUACAAAAAUUCUCUGUAUGUUGGCUGCACAUCUGCCGUAACAAAAGUAUCAACACAUAGAUGCAGUAUUCAUAAAACUUGCAGGUCAUGUGUGGAGCUUCAGGACCCAUAUUGUGGUUGGAGUGAAAACAAAUGUACAACAAAAGAUACAGCUGGAAGCAGCUCUUGGAUCCAGGAUGUUGUCUUUGGAAAAUUUGAUAAUGUUUGUCCAGAAGAGCCUCCAACUUGUUCACUGAAAAUACAAACCAAUAAUCCCGGUGGAACAACAGUUUUAGAAUGCUUCAUGCAAGGAAUCCCGGUCCCUGCAGUGACAAAGUGGCAGUUUAAUGGUCAACAGGUUCAAGCAAGCUCUGAUUAUACCAUUGAAGACCUACAAUAUUCACAAAGACUCUCUGUUCACAAGUUUGGUUUGGAAGACCUUGGUGAUUAUCAAUGUACAGUGCAGAAUAACAAGGGACAAAGCCACACUUGUAAACUGUCAAUAAAAGGCACUCUUCCUGUUGUUUCAUCGGGAUUUUUCAAAACGUCUGGACAGACUUACUUUUGGUGUAACGCCAAAGGAAUCCCAAAACCAACAGUGAGACGAUACAAGGUUGUCAAAGGUCUGGUUCAAACUGUCACUACAUCUGUCAAUGAAGACAGUGGGCCUAGGUCUUACUAUUGUAUAGCUCAGAAUAAAUUUGGACCUUCAGUUGGAGAGAAUUUUACAUUAAAAGAGAGAAAAAUUAAUGCUAAAAUAACACUAAUUGAUGAAGAUUGGGAUAAAGAUCUGAAAGACUCUGAGACUUCAAAGUAUAAAAAACUAUCUGAAAGAGUAAAGACUUCGAUUGCAAGUGUUUAUUCCAAUUACACGUCUUUUAUGGAAACAACUAAAAUCACUUUCAGUAAGGGAAGUGUUGUGGCCAGUGUUGAACUGAGGUUUGCUUGCAAGUUGUAUGACACAGAUGCGACCUUACUAAAUAUUUUACAAGAAGCAAUUUUCUCUGGGAAAUUGGGCACUUUGAAGGUUGAAAAAUUGCCAAUUAUAAAGAAUUACACACAAGUUCCUACUCCAGGAUAUCGAAUUCAAGCCCAAGGAAUGGACACAGGUCUGUUUGUAGUUGCUAUCCUUGUUGCCAUAGUUCUCAGUGUCAUUGUGGGAUUUUUCCUUGGUAUUAAAUUCCAUCACCAAGCAUUAUCCUCUUGUGGGCCCAAGAAACAUGACUCAUCAAUCCAAGAAGAAAAAGAUAUUCAAAGUCUGAGAUACACAAAAUCACCUACUUUUGAUAACUCACAAAAUUGUACAGAUGAAAAACUGUUAAAGAAGAAGGAUGGUGAUGGGGACAGCGUUGGGUCCACUGGUGGACGAAUACAUAUUAUCAUUGAUCCAUCAUCAAAAACUCCAGAAAAUAAGGUUCUUGUCAACGGCAAGGUUCCAAAAAGCUGCUAGCAUAUAGACAAUAUUAUAUUUAUAUUAUUAAUCCAAAGAGUUAUUUUUUAAAUAAGAUAAUAUUACAAGUGUAGCAUUUAACUUAUUUCAUUGGCGCAGGACAGGAAACAAUGGUUAUGGUAACUGUUGAGACAUAAGCUUAUUAUAAAUUCUUUUAUAAAGGAUCAUAUACAGCAUUCUCUAGACUGAAAUAAUUCGCUUCCAUGGAGCAUUUUUGUAUGUGAUCUACAAUACAUAUAAACUGGACUUAAAUGGGGACACUUCUUCUUUGAAACAAUCCCUUACUCUUCAGGGCCAGAUAGUAAAAUUAUUUGUUAUUAAUUAUCCACUACUUUGCUUGGAUAUGUGGUAUGCAUGCUACUGAUUUCUAGUCCUAUCUAUUUUAAUAAUUGUUUGAAUUAACACCAAACGGCAAUACUUUACAAGCACUUCUUUAUUCAAUAUUCUAUUUGAGGGAAUAGAAAGUUAUUUCUAUCAAGUAACAUUACAGCUUCAUGUAAUAUGUAUAUUUUCAAAUGUAUUAUUUGCAUCCAUGGCAAAUUGUGUUGUACAUAAUUCGUGUAUAGUUUGUUUUCUAGUAAUAUUUUUUAUUUGCUUAGAGAAAGUAUAGUUAGUUGAUUAUUUUAGAUUGACAUAUAAUUGAGUUGGUAUAAGAAAAUGUUCAAAAUUAUCAAGAAUGAAAAUAUAUAAGAAAUACUUGAAAAAAAUGAAAAGUUUUACAUAGACCUGUGAAGUAUGAUUUUGUAUUUUAUAGUACCGUUACUCUUAAUUUCUGUUUUUAUUUCAAGUCUGCAGUCUGAAAGAAUGAAUUAGACACAGUAAAUACACUUUUUCACAGGUUUAUAAAAACUAUCAUUAAUGAAAAUAAAUUCAAUAAGAAAUAAAGGAAUUUGUUUAUUA